AUGUUGCCUUCCAUCACAUUUAUUCAACAUGGCCAGCAUCAAUCACCCAUCUUCUGUUUUCCUGUUCUUUCUCUCUCAUUCCUGUUCCCACCUCCCCAUCAUUUUUUUGUUCCCCCAUCAUCCUUUCCUGUUCCCGCUCUCCCAAUUCUCCAUCAUAACCCGCUCUCCCAUCAUUCUCUCUCUCAUUCCUGUUUCCCUCUCCCCAUCAUUCUCUCUCAUUCCUGUUCCUUAUCUCCCCAUUCUCUCUCAUUCUUUUCUCUAAAAUUCUCAUUCCUUUUUUUCCUCUCCCCCUCAUCAUUCUCUCUCAUUCCUGUUCCCGCUCUCCCCAUCAUUCUCUCUCAUUCCUGUUCCCGCUCUCCCCAUCAUUCUCUCUCAUUCCUGUUCCCAUCAUUCUUUCCCCAUCAUUCCUGUUCCUGUUCCGCUCUCCCCAUCUUCAUGUCUCAUUCUCUUUCCUGUUCCAAUCUCCCAUCAUUCUCUCUCAUUCAAAUUCUCCCAUCAUUCUCUCUCAUUCCCAUCAUUCUCUCUCAUUCCUUUCAUUCCUUAUUCCUCUCCCCAUCUCUCCCCAUCAUUCUCUCUCAUUCCUGUUCCUGCUCUCCCCAUCAUUCUCUCUCCCAUCAUUCUCUUCCUCAUUUCCCCAUCAUUCUCUCAUUCCUGUUCCCUUCUCCCCCAUCAUUCUCUCUCAUUCCUGUUCCUAGAUCCCAUCAUUCUCUCCCUGUUCCUGCUCUCCCAUCAUUCUCUCUCAUUCCUGUUCCCCAUCAUUCUCCUCAUAUCCUGUUCUCUCAUCCUUCAUUCCUGUUCCCCCUGUUCUCCCCAUCAUUCCCAUUCCUUUCCCUUUUCUUUCAUUCCUGUUCCUCUCUCCCAUCAUUCUCUUUCAUUCCUCAUUCCUUUCAUUCCAUUCCCGCCUCCCCAUCAUUUUCAAAAAUUUUUUUACUUCUUAUUUGUUUCAUUCCUGUUCUCUUUCAUUCCCAUUUUUUUUUUUUGUUGGUGGUGAAAUGA